AUGACCAAGUGUUGUACAUUGAUUGGCAAACUGUUAGGAGGUCUGACAGAUAUUUCAAGAUACUACAGUGAUGUUCCUGAGCUGCAGUGCAGAUUUGAAGAUGUCCAGUGCGGAUGGGAACAAGUGGAAAAACCCCGUGAUAACUGCGAUUGGUAUCUCAGUGAUUCCAGUUUGGAGCUUUCCUUUUGUGCAAAUUCACCCAUCAAGUAUACUGGUCUCAUCAGCCCCUUGCUUACCCGGUCAGAGGAUGACAGUGACAAGACCCUUUGUUUCACCUUCACUUAUCUGCUUUCUGCUUUGGAUGGGGAACUUGUGGUCAGUUUUAUUCCACAAGAUACCCGUCAGAAAGAACUUUUAUCUGAUUUCAAGGGUGACGUUGGCUUUGACCAAGAGAGGUUUGGUCUAGUUGAUCUCUCUGUCCCUGGGUCUGGAUGGCUAUUGUUUGAAGGUUUCCAAGGCGAAGCGGGCAACACUCGUGUGACAGUCAACCAGAUUAAUUUGUCCAGCUGCAAUAAAUCAGUAGAUGGAGAAGGUGACAUCUUUCUUGUGCCAGAUAUGACUUUCUUCCUGCUCUCUCCCAACUACCCUGAUCUGUAUCCCAAUCUGUUUGAUCAAACCUGGUUGAUUACUGCUCCGGAGGGCUAUGGAACUGGAUUCAACUUCGUCAUGUUGGAUAUUGAGCCUGUCUUCGACACCCUGGUUUUUGGAGUAGGGCAUAACCCAAAUGAAAAUGAGAGUAUAAUUAGGAUCAUCUCGGCUCCCGGCAGCAACCAUGAGCCAAAAAUUGUAACGGGAACGCUCUCCUGGGUUGCAUUUCACACUGACUACACUUUCAGAGAUGCUGGUUUUGUUAUUGCUCUAAGAGCACUGGAAGACUCGGAAUAUUUCAGAUGCAAUGAUAGUAUCAGCGCUGUUUCGUUGUCCUCUCUGUGUAAUAGACGUAAUGAUUGCCCAGACAGUAGUGAUGAAUGGAAUUGUGCGAUGAGAGAGGGAGAUGUCCGCCUUGCCAAUGGGUCCACUGCAGACCAAGGUCGGGUUGAGAUCUACUACAAUAGUCAGUGGGGGACCAUCUGCGGUGAUUUGUGGGAUGAUCGUGAUGCCAGGGUUGUAUGUCGACAGCUUGGAUACCCAGAGGGUGUAGGUGAAGCCUUGUAUGCUUGGUAUGGUGAUUAUUCUCCAGGAAAUGGUCCGAUACACCUUGAUGACGUUGUUUGUGACGGAAAUGAAUCUAUUUUGGUGGAAUGUGGCAGCAGUGGUUGGAAUGAUCACAACUGUGACCAUAAUGAAGAUGCGGGUGUUUCCUGUGUAGUUUUAUAUGAUGGAGAUGUCCGCCUGGUCGGUGGUAGCGAUUCACACCGAGGUCGGGUUGAGAUCUACUACAAUGGUCAGUGGGGGACCGUCUGCGAUGAUUCAUGGGAUGAUGUUGAUGCCGGGGUUGUAUGUCGACAGCUUGGAUACCCAGAGGGUGCAGGCGAAGCCUUGUAUUAUUGGGAUUAUGAAUAUUCUCCAGGAACUGGUCCGAUACACCUUGAUAACGUUGUUUGUGACGGAAGUGAAUCUAGUUUGGCUGAAUGUGGCAGCAAUGGUUGGAAUAAUCACGACUGUGGCCGUUAUGAAGAUGCAGGUGUUUCCUGUGAAGAACCUGGACCUGAACAUCAUUAUGUCUACCUGUAUGAUACAGAGGUGAUAUCAUCGCCCAAUCAUCCUUCUGAUUAUCCACCGAAUACUGAUAUUACAUGGUACAUCACUGCACCGUCAAACUACUCUGUAAUCAUCUUAUAUGUUGCUUUCAACCUGGAAGACUUUGAUUUCUUGAGCAUAGGAUAUGGUGACACACCUGGAAAUGAGCUCGUAAAGAAUGUCACUGGAGAAGACGUGCCUGUAUAUACAAGAUUGAACAGCUCUACGAGUUGGAUACGAUUCAAAAGCGACGGUUCGAUACAAGCUCAAGGAUUUCAGCUACAACUUAUAUUGAUUCCUGCAUCCUCAAUAGAUUUACAUUUAUGUGAAGAUCUUAGUAACAUCGUAGAUCAAAUGUCACAGUGUGAUAUCUUCCCCGACUGCGAUGAUCUAUCUGAUGAAAAUCAAUGUGAUUACCAGUUAGAAUCCGGCAUGGUUAUCAGCUUGGCUUCACCUAACUACCCAGGGUAUUACCCUCCGAAUUCCAAUGUUAAUCGGACUUUCCAGUAUGCAGAAGGAGUAGAUGAUACCAACAUUGUAUAUGUCAUACGAUUUGGAAACAUUGCACUCGAUUGGGGUGACUACCUUACAGUUGGAUCUGGUUCAGAAAUCCUCCGGAGAUAUGGCAGCCCUUAUUUUGGGCUGGCACCAGACCUGACAAUACCAGCAGGUGAUAUCUAUAUUGCGUUUAGUUCUGAUGGGAGCGUUGGGAGAAAUGGGUUCAACUUGACACUCUUGGUUACGUAUGAUGAUCCAGAGCCAGUUUCAGGUCUCGUGUUUGUCGCAAACCCUGGUUUUGACAAUAUUCAGGUAGCAGCUUUUGAUGAUUUUGAUGUGUUCUCUUUGAACUUCACCUCCUUUGCACAAUCCGAUGGAAGUUAUCCUCUAGCUGUUGACUUUGAUCCAUAUAUUGAGACUGUGUUCUGGACUGACCAAUACAAUGGUAUCCUGCGAGGGAGCCUUGAUGGAUCAAAUCAGUAUACUCUAUAUUCCAAUACAUAUCGUCCAGAUGGUUUAGCACUUGAUUUGAUGCAUCAGACGGUGUAUUGGACGGAUGCAGCCUUAGAUGAAAUCAACUCUAUAUCUUACAAUGGCACAAUGAAACAAAUCAUUAUUAACACAGAUUUGGAUAUACCUAGAGCGAUUGUCAUACAACAAGAAUUAAGAGUGAUGUUUUGGACAGACUGGGGCAGUCGACCAAAGAUUGAGCGAGCUAAUUUAGAUGGAUCCAAUAGAACAAUCAUUGUGGAUUGUAUCGGCACAUGUGGAUGGCCAAAUGGGAUUUCUCUCAAUGACGAUGGCACUUUACUGUAUUGGAUAGAUAACUUUAAUGAUAAGGUUGAAGUUGUUGAUCUAUGGGGUGCAAACAGAAGAACCAUUCUUCAAUUGGAAAAUGUAGGACCUUAUGAUAUUGCUGUAUUCAAGUCAAACAUUCUUUGGACUGAGUUCGGGUCAGCACUAUCACAUGCUUGGACAUAUGCUAAUGGCAGUGGUGUUGUUAUGGACACUGCACUGGACGUGUUCUCCUCUCCACGGGGAAUUCAUGUUUAUAUAGGAAAUAUCAGUGGCUUCUCUUUACCAACACCACAAUUGCCAACACAACCACCCCCAGCAGAGUCAACAACAGGUCUUCCUAAUACAACUAUGGAUAUUUCAAUCAACCUCGAUGUCGGAGAAUCCCACGAGAUCCGGUCCCCAGGUUAUCCUGACUUCUACCAAAACAAUGCAAUGACUACCUGGUACAUCACAACACCUUCAGACUACACCUUGGAAAUCACAUUCCUUGUAUUCAAUCUGGAACCAGGAUUUGACGGUCUAAGCAUAGGGAAAGGUCAUACAGCAGGGAGUAUGCUGUGGAAGCGUCUUACUGGAUUAGAAUUAUUUUCCCCUAUCAGGUUCAGUGGUUCUGAGUUUUGGAUGGUGUUCACCAGUGACAGUUCAGAAACAUAUGAGGGAUUUCUACUAGAGCUGGAAGUGGUUUCUGAGUCUACAGAUUGUGGCAGUGGCUCUUUCAGAUGUAACAACAAGAAUUGCCUGUUGAAUGAUACCGUGACCUGUGAUGGCCGGGAUGACUGCGGAGACUUUUCUGAUGAGGAAUAUUGUCCUUCAUGUGUUCCUAUUCCAAGUUCUGUGUGUGGACAAUUGCCAUACAACUUGACAUACUUUCCGAACCGCCUGUUUGAGACCUCUGAAGAUGCAGUUGCUUAUUACGAUUUUCUAUUUCAGGUAAACGGUAUUGGAACUUGUCAUCCAAGGAUGUCAGACUUUGCUUGUAAUAUCCUGUUCCCGGAGUGUACUCAUCAUGGCCCAACCAUCCGACCAUGCUACAAAGAUUGUGUGAAUGUGACACUGCAUUGUAAAGACAUGUAUGAAUCUUCCGGUGAACCUUGGCCUGUGGAUUGUGGAGACUUCUCAGACGCAGAGCAAAUACCUACUGGAUACUGCCGGGGAACAUCAACAGAUCUGUUUCAAACUGAUAUCUGUGGUACAAGACCAGGAUUUAGAAAGGAGCAGGAGUUUGCAGAGAUAGUAGGUGGUGUAAAUGCAUUCUCUGCCGAAAUUCCAUGGAUAGUCUAUUUGGAAAGUGACGAUGAUUUAUUCUGUGGAGGUACUUUGAUUACCUCUAAAUGGGUAGUGACUGCAGCCCACUGUGUUGAAGAUGGUAAAAAAGUAGAUGCUGUUGUCCUUGGAGCUCUUAACAGCGAAAGCCCUUCUGAAUAUCAGCAAAGAAUUGAACCCAGUGGAAUAUUCCUUCAUCCUGACUACAGUAUUGGUAUGCAGUACAAUGCGGACAUAGCACUCAUCGAGCUAUCCAUACCAGUCAAUUUCACCGAUUUCAUCAGACCCGCAUGUCUUGCAGAUUCAUCUAAAGAAAGCUCCCUAUACAGCCCGUGCUUGAUUGCUGGAUGGGGGAAUGACGGAGAUGGUAAUUAUCCAGAACACUUGCAGAAGGCAGUUGUAAAUUUGUUUGAAGUUGACGAAUGUAGGAGUUUUUACGGAAAUGACACCAUUAAUGAGAAUAUGCUGUGUGCAGGAUAUGAAAGGGGAGAGAUAGAUACCUGUGAUGGUGACAGUGGCGGCCCGUUGGUGUGUGAAGGCGAAGACGGCAGAUGGCAUUUGGUUGGCGUAACCAGCUUUGGAAGGGGAUGUGCAAGACAAGGUUUUCCAGGCGUUUAUGCAAGGGUCUCUAAGCUAUUGCCUUUCAUCCUCAGCACUGUGGAAAGUAAUACAGAGACUGCUCCCUCAUCGACAGAUUUCUAUCACGAAGUAAGCGAAGGUGCUAGCAUCCAAAUAAUGUCUCCAAACUUCCCUGGUAACUACCCACCAAACGUUCAAUAUCGCUGGUUCUUCACCAAGGACAAUGAAGACUUGCCUUUUUACAUCACCAUCUUGGAAUUGUCCUUAAAUUCCUAUGACUAUCUUGUGGCAACAGCAGAUAACCCAGAAACGAACACCACAACCAACAUUUUCUACAGAGGUUACUACUCAUAUAAUUAUGAGAACACAUUCCUGGUUAAUGAUUCAGAACUGAUUGUUCUUUUCUCAUCGGAUGCAUACUAUGGUGAUACAGGAUUCAGACUUGAAAUAUCCUUACUGAACACAUCAGGUUAUUUCUUCUGCGAUGGGAGUGCGUGGCACAACCCAUCAGUGCAAUGUGACUUGAAUAUUGACUGUGAUGAUGGGACAGAUGAAAAUGGAUGCGAUAUUGAAUUAGCAGUUGGUGAAUCAGUGAAUAUAACAUCAGACUAUCAUUCAAAAGGUGGCUAUGUGCUAUGGAAGUUCAGUACGUCAAACCGGGCUUUUCUGAUCGAACCAUCGUAUCCUUAUCUAAGUUCUGGCUCAUACCUGACCUUUGGUUAUGGACAUGACCCAAACAUCAAUGGCACCAGGACGUGGACUAUAGACUACUACGAUUAUUCCUAUUCUAUCAUCUUUCCAGAGUCGGCUCAGUUCCACUUGAUGAACAAUUCGCAAAUGUUUAUAGAAUAUGUGUACUCGUAUUAUAGUUAUGAUGACUUCAGGUUCCAAAUCACUUCUGUAGAUGGUGGAGACUUUGAAUACUGUGACAUUGAGCCAAGUACUGAAGCUGUCAAAACAGAAUCCCUGUGCAAUGGAAUAAUAGAGUGCAAGAAUGGCAAUGAUGAGUAUAUGUGUGAUCCAUUUGAAGUAUCCCAAGGAGAUGUCUUGACUCUUCAGUCAUACAGAAGUAUAUAUUACUCCGGAUAUCAGGCAACAUCUGUAACUUGGUCCUUGAUUGCCCCUGAUGAUACCUAUCUUGUGCUCCAUUUCACAAUCCUUGCCAUCGCUCCAAAUGAUACGUUGUGUGUAGGACGAGGAAAUGAUGCUCUAAAUGAUUCAUCCAUCAUUAGCUGCAUUUCAGUAUUCAAUAGUCUGGGCUAUUGGUAUUACUGGGAAAAUGAAACUAACAAUGUCUAUGCCAGCAUUGUGACUGGUCCCACCUCAAGCAGUCUUUGGGUAGGGUUUAACUCAACAUCUGAUUAUGAACGAAGUGCAUUCCAAAUCCUUGCUUCAGCCGCAUCAGAAGUAGAUGACUAUAAACCCUGUGGUGAUAGCACUCACUUGUUCUACCAUGUGAACCAAUCAUGUGACGGAGCAGCUGUAUGUCCGGAACGUGAAGAUGAAACUGGUUGUCCUCCACGGCAGAUAAACUUCACUGCUGAUUCAGAAAACAGUAAUGUUACAGUUGGUAUCAUGUCAUACUCUGAGCUCAGACCAAACCUUCAUAUCAUAUGGACAGUUCAUGCAGAAUCUGGAGUGCUGGUUUUUAUCCUUAGGGAUUAUUAUGUGAGUGAUUACACUGGAGAAGAUAUGCUUCAAAUAGGAGAAGGCCUGCUAUCUGGAGGAAGAGUUCUCUUCAAUGCAACAGAUGGCUACAACUAUUAUUAUGAAAAUUACAGAUACGUUGAGACAACAACAAAUGAUGGCUGGAUUGUCUUCAAAACAGGGACUCUUAUUGGAUCUUACUUCUCACUGAUCAUCCGAAAUGGGAAUAUAACUGAUGAUUUCUGUGACUUUGAACUUGGUUCUUUCUGUUACUGGAAACCAACAAAUGGUUCAACAGGAUAUUACAGAGGACCUUGGGCUGUUACCUCAGGCAACGAAUCUUACUUUCAGUAUCAGGAACUUGACCAUACUAGUAAUUCAACAGAUGGCCUCUACUUAUUGAUGUCGCCCUCCUAUCACUACUACGAAGACUACACUUUGGAAAUGGAAGUAUUGAGGUCUGAUCCCCUUGCUGAUCAAUGUUUAUCAUUUUGGUACAUAAUUACCGGUAGUCUUCAUCUCAGAAUCUCUUACAAAACUAAUGGAUCAGAGGCUGAUUAUUUCUUGCUUUGGAUGAACCAGGGUCCGGAAGAAGACGAUUGGGCAUAUGCUGAAGUCAACCUGUUUGGCCUCCCAUCUGGAACUGCUAUUCUUGAAGGGAUCUCUGACUACUAUUACUACGAUGGCUAUGAAUUCAUUGCUAUAGAUGAUAUAGGAAUUAUGUCUUGUAGCACAGAUUCUACUCUAGUCAUUGAACCAGACUCGCCACCAAACAGCAUAGUUAUUCAUGGAAACAAAGUACCUUAUCUUGAUGUACGCACCUACCCUGGAUAUCACUUGAAGUUUGACGUGACCAAUUCAUCACAAGUUUUACCUCGGUUUACAGUCACCCCUGGCCUUGUUCCAUACAGCAACGCAUCAUAUCCAAGCAGUUUUGAUCAACCAAACAUCACAUUUACUAUCAACAUGUCCUCCUUUGAAAUUGGGACACAGUUUGCAGUCCUACAUCCAAGCCAUGGGAAUUUCUUUGGAGAUCAUUAUAGUUUUGCUGUGGUUGAAAUAUCUGCUGUUCUAACAGGAGAUUCAUUGAUAUGUUCACAUUUCCCCCUGGUUGCCCCAAGUGACGAGCUGUGCGAUGGCAAAUAUUUUUGUGCAUCUUAUGAUGAUGAAACUCACAGCACCUGUGAACCCAGUCAAGUUCAGUACCUGCAAGAGGAAGAGAACAUAACAGUAACGUCUCCAGCCUACCCAGAAAACUUUGAGGAUUCAUUGUUCUUCACAUACGUCCUCCAAACCAAUGCAUCUGGAUUCCGAAUCGUACCCCAGAACAUCUCACUUGGGUACGGAGACAUCCUUAGUUUUGGUCCUGGUGCUGAUCCAUUUUUCAACACACCACCAACGUUCAGCUUUAAUCACUAUAACUAUAGUGUCAAAGGGAGUUAUGUCAUUGCAUCCUCAUCAAUGUGGAUAAGGCUGAUUUCUUCGUCAAGUGAUGCGGACCCCUAUGAUUACUAUGAUUACCUCACAGAAAGGGUGUUUGGUGUGCUCAUUCAGAGCAUUAAUACAUCUGACCUCUUUGUUUGUUCUGAUGGCAAAUUUUUCAAUUCUCCUUCUCGGUGUGAUGGUGUUGAUCAUUGUAGAGAUGGAGCUGAUGAAAACGGGUGUGAAUACCUGAUCAGUGUUGGAGAAACCUUCUACUUGUCAUUCUAUGACCCAUACUAUGGAUACAAUACUAAUAGGUUAUGGUUAUUCAAAAUCGAUUCUCCAAGCAGUGCACCCAGUCUCGCCUUCUUUGUGUACAUUUAUAAUAUUUAUAUACCAUAUGGUGGCAUACUUCGCAUUGGCUCUGGGCUUGUCCCCAGGAAUGACACAGAAAUCAACUUCUCCGGUGGUUAUUAUCAUGAUGGGUCAAGAAGGCUUAUUCAGUCAUCAGAGAUGCAUGUGGAGCUCAUUAGAUCUUACUCUUACUAUUCUUAUUUCUACAUGGAGAUUACACCCCGUUCAACAGAAGGUCUCUUUGUAUGUAAUGACGAAUCCUACGCUUUCAACAAAUCUUCUUUGUGUGAUGUCAACAUCGACUGUCCAGAUUCUAGUGAUGAAAACAGCUGUGUCCACACCUUAAAUCUUACAGACACAAUAGAGUUUUACAGUCCUGGGUACCCUUAUUACUAUGGAAGUAACGAACAUGCUUUGUGGCUCUUUAAUACAAGUGGUACUGCCCCCACCAACUCCAUGGCAGUAGCAUUCAACAUCACCCUUAACAUCGUGUAUCUUUCCUAUGGUGAUACCAUACGGAUAGGACCUGGUCUUGUACCCAACAAUGAUUCUGCAUUCUACCGUGGAGGCCUCGAAAACUAUGUAACACAACACAUGUUAGCUGCAUCAGAGAUGUUCAUUGAAUUCACCUCAACACCAUACUCUGAAUAUGGGACCUUCAAAAUAGAUAUAUCAGUGGUCUAUCUUUCUGAUCCCUUCUCAUGCAAGAAAGUCCCCUGGUCAGUUGAUGGAUCUGCAAAAUGUGACGUAAUACUGGAUUGUGAAGAUGGUAGCGAUGAAGAAUCAUGUGCUAUGCAAUGCAGGGGCCAGCACAUGUCCCAGAACGGGAUCCAAUCGUUCCUCUACCAGUCGCCUGUCGCUGAAUGCUUGAACAAUAGCCUUCACAAUAAAAUGAAUUUCAUCAAUUCUGUGGGGUUUAGUGGUUGCCUUUUGUUGUGCCCUCUUGCUGAGACCCUAUGGCUUGCCUGA